AGCGCCUGUGGUUUGAAGCCAUAUCCUGUUUACUCUCCCAUACAACUAACUUACUGUAACGUACUUCAGGCUUUGGUUUGGGUGUGUAACUAACGGAGGACCAGGCGGAAAUGCCACCCCCUUUUAUGUGAACACGAUUGAACUGCAGGAAAUAUAAGGAACUCUCCUCGUGGCCUCCUGUCAGCACCCAUCAUGUCGUGCCGGGACAUCCACGCCACCAACGCUUUUGCCUUCAUCAUUGCCUUCUUGUGUGUGGGAGGGAUUGCUGUGGCAGCGUUAAUCCCACAGUGGCGUGUAACGAAACUCGUAACCUUCAAUCGCAAUGCCAAGAAUGUCAGCGUGUAUGAUGGGCUGUGGGCUAAAUGUGUGAAACAGGAUGGCUAUUCAGGAUGUUACUACUAUGAUUCAGAGUGGUAUUCUAAAGUGGACCAGCUGGAUCUGCGGCUCUUGCAGUUCUGUCUGCCUACAGGCCUGCUGUUUGGCUCUCUAGCCUUGCUGCUGUGCAUGGCAGGAAUGUGCAAGACCUGCUGCGCCUCAGACAAGCCAGAACCGGACAUUAACACCAUCAGUUGCCUGGUCAACACUGCAGGCUGUCACCUUGUGGCUGGGAUGUUCUUGUUCCUGGGCGGAGCUAUAGCCAUCGCACCCUCAGUGUGGUUCCUGUUCCGCACCAAGGAAAUGAACAUCAGAUAUGACAACAUUUUCUCUGAUGGCUUUGCUGUGUAUGUAUCGAUAGGCUGCUCUGGAGGACUAAUGCUAGCUUCCCUGCUGAUGUUCAUGUGGUACUGCAUGUGUAAAAAGUUGCCUUCACCGUUCUGGUUGCCCCUGCCCUCCAUGCCUCCCUCUAUGUCCACUCAGCCCCUCAUUACCAAUGGCUAUCCUCCAUCACCAGUUUAUGGUCCUCAGCCCUUCUCACCACAGACUUAUCCUCCAACAGUGAUCAACACCCAGCCAUAUGUGCCUUCCCAGGGUUAUGCCCAAAGUGUGGUCACCCCUGUACCACCACAGGUGUACAUGCCUUCAAGUUCUGCUCCAGAUGGGUAUGGUUCAGAGGUGGGAGGGCCCCAGGCCUACAGCUACGCUCCCUCAAAGAGUUACGCACAGAGCUACGCUCCUUCUCAGGGCUACGCAUCCAGCUACGCUGGUCACCGCUACUCCUCUCGCUCACGGAUGUCUGCCAUAGAGAUCGAUAUCCCCGUGCUGACAGAGUAAGAAAAUAGAGGCUGAUAACAUCAGCACAUUGAAGGCUUCUGUCAAUGAACCUGCACAAAGUUCACCAAUGAUAAAACUAACACUGUAGUAUUAUAGAUGAAAUUUAAUAAUAUGAUAGCUAUUUAUACAGCCCCUAGAGCAGUGGUUCUCAAACUGGGGGGAGUGGAACCACUUCAAGGGUAGUUGUGGAUGUUGAGCAGAAGUAAAGUUGCAUGAAUCUGAUUCAUGUUUUCUUUAAAACUUGGAUCACUAAAGCAUUGGUGCAAACAACACUAUUAAACGUAGUAUUGUAGAAAGGGAAGAAAAUAAAGUUAUUUGCAGAUAUAUGCUGAAGGACACCUCAACCCACUAGCUUUUUUCACUACCAGCCGAGUAGGACCACUAAACAAUAGCUCCUAACUUGUUUAAGUGGCCAAUGAUCAACUUACUAGCAAACUAAUUGUUACUAUCAUUUGGUAUGUGGCGUAAGUUCCCGCUCUUGACUUUAGAUUAGAAAAGCCUCUAUGCUGGCUGGCAAAAGCUAGUAACAGCUAGUUAGCAAAAAUAUAUUUUUCUGUUACAUUUGUUGGACAAUUGGACACAAAUUUCACACUCAAAUGACUUGUCACUUUUGCUUGUGUAAAGGACACAGUAUGAAGGUUUUAUGUUAUCACUACUGAACAUGCCUGUAAUCAUCCUUAAAUUCUGUGGUCCUGAAUGGACAACUACUAACUGACCCUCAUCUCUUGUGUUUGUUGUGUAUCAUGUAUUGUUAUUAUAUUGUUGUAAUGCCACAGUGCCCAGUGAAGAGCAGCUGUUAAUGUUUUUAAUGCACUAAUUAUGUGAAUACUGUGCCGGUUACCUUUUGCCUUUGUUUACUGACUUUGCUAGCCUCUAGUAUUUUCUAACAUAUGACUUAAUCAUUUAUUGUAACGCAAACUUUUAUGUUUAUGUCAAAAAAGAUGACACUAAGCAAUUUGGAUUACUGUGUAGAAUUACAAUAUUAUUACAUAAUUAUGAACUGUGUUAAAAACAAACGAUCAAAUUCUACCAACUUAGCUGGAAGUGUAAUACUCAGUUCAGUGCUGUAAUACUGAAGUUAACCAAAUUUAAUUUACAAUUAAAUCUCGCCUUCUGGAUGUUGUGCAUAUCAUGGUCGCUGAUCAACAUUUCCUCAGUCUAAUGUGUUUAUUGUGUUUUUUUUUACAAUGUCGAUGUCUGUGUUUUUCGAAACUGUAAAUCUUUAUUUGUUUUAUUAAAACAGAAAUCAAGUGUU